AUGAACAGAAAACGAACGGCGCCCCCCGCGGCAGUGGCCUCUACAAUGGGCAGCACACCGAAGAAGAGAAAAGUAGAGAAGGAGCAGAAAUAUUACGCCGUACAAGUCGGCUUCCGGCCGGGUGUGUACUUGACGUAUAACGAGUGCUCGCAACAGACGACUGGGUUCAAAGGAGCUGUCUUCAAAUCAUUCACCUCGAAAGACGAAGCACACCUCUUCGCCGCCGGCAAACUCAAGACCACACCCAAAGAAGGGCCACAAAGAUAUUAUGCCGUCGCCGUAGGCAAUCCAACAGGCAUUUAUACCGACUGGGACGAUGCAGCCGCCGCUAUUAAAGGCAUGAAGGGCCCCAAAUAUAGGAAAUUUCUGGAUCGGGCAGAAGCCGUCGAGUUUAUUCGCGAAUUCGGAAGCCCCGAGGCUCUCGCAGCGCUGGGCGCGGAGGGGAAGACCACGGCAGCUCGUCCUGCAGCGAAAAAGGUUACUGCCGUACCCCCGCCGCCUGCUGAUGGCGUAUUAAGAAUAUACACGGACGGUAGCAGUUUAGCCAAUGGGCGAGCUUCCUCCAGAGCGGGUGUUGGUGUCUUUUUCGGUCCUGGCGACCCUCGCAACAUCUCGGAACGACUCGUCGGCGAGCCGCAAACAAACCAGCGCGCGGAGCUGAUGGCCAUGCUGAGAGCUCUCGAGAACGCCCCUCGAGCGCAGCCGGUCCAGAUUUAUAGCGAUAGCCAAUACUCCAUCAACUGCGUGACGCAGUGGGCGGCUGGCUGGAAGAAGAAGGGCUGGGUCACGGCGACAGGGGAGGAGGUGAAGAACCAAGAUAUUAUCCGGUCGGUGCUGGACAAGAUGGACGAGCGAACAAGAGUCGGCGGUAUAACAACUUACCAAUGGGUCAAGGGCCACUCGACAGACGCUGGCAACCAAGCAGCAGACAGACUAGCGGUGGCCGGCGCCAAGAUGUCGCUAUAG